GAGGUUGGUAGCUAAUGAAACAGUUUGCAAACCGAGGGGAAUAGUGAAGGGCGCAAGUCGUGGGGCGCGCUGCUGGCCUCGUGGGUACGUCCGCGCCGCGUUUGUCUCCGAGCUGGGGCCACAGGAGCGGAGACGAGAGGGGCACAAUGGCAGCCACAGUCAAGAGGCAGAGGCCGAGGAGGCUAGCCUGUUGGGCCAUAAUAGCUGUGCUCUUGGCAGACCUAUUGGUCCUGAGUGACACGCUGGCAGUGAUGUCUGUGGACCUGGGCAGUGAAUCCAUGAAGGUGGCCAUUGUCAAGCCAGGAGUCCCCAUGGAAAUUGUCUUGAACAAGGAAUCCCGGAGGAAAACUCCAGUGACUGUGACCCUGAAAGAAAAUGAAAGAUUCUUUGGAGACAGUGCAGCAAGCAUGGCCAUCAAGAAUCCAAAGGGCACCCUACGUUACUUCCAGCACCUCUUGGGGAAACAGGCAGAUAACCCCCAUGUGGCCCUUUAUCAAGCCCGAUUCCCAGAGCAUGAGCUAAACUUUGACCCAGAGAGGCAGACCGUGCGCUUCCAGAUUAGCCCGCAGCUGCAGUUCUCACCGGAGGAGGUGCUAGGCAUGGUUCUUAAUUACUCUCGUUCCUUGGCUGAAGAUUUUGCAGAGCAGCCCAUCAAGGACGCAGUGAUCACUGUGCCAGCCUUCUUUAACCAGGCCGAGCGCCGAGCUGUACUGCAGGCUGCUCACAUGGCUGGUCUCAAAGUGCUGCAGCUCAUCAAUGAUAACACUGCCACCGCUCUCAGCUAUGGUGUCUUCCGCCGGAAAGAUAUCAAUACCACUGCACAGAAUAUCAUGUUCUAUGACAUGGGCUCAGGCAGCACUGUGUGCACCAUCGUGACCUACCAAACUGUAAAGACUAAGGAAGCUGGAGUGCAGCCACAACUGCAGAUCCGGGGAGUAGGGUUUGACCGUACCCUUGGGGGCCUGGAGAUGGAGCUCCGACUGCGUGAGCACCUGGCUGGACUUUUCAACGAGCAGCGAAAGGGCCAGAGGACAAAGGAUGUGCGAGAGAACCCACGUGCCAUGGCCAAGCUGCUACGUGAGGCUAAUCGGCUCAAAACGGUCCUGAGUGCCAAUGCCGACCACAUGGCACAGAUCGAGGGCCUGAUGGACGAUGUGGACUUCAAGGCAAAAGUGACUCGAGUGGAAUUUGAGGAGCUGUGUGCAGACUUGUUCGAGCGGGUGCCUGGGCCUGUACAGCAGGCUCUGCAGAGUGCCGGGAUGAAUUUGGAUGAGAUCGAGCAGGUGAUCCUGGUGGGUGGGGCCACUCGAGUCCCCAAAGUUCAGGAGGUGCUGCUGAAGUCCGUGGGCAAGGAGGAGCUAGGGAAGAACAUCAAUGCAGAUGAAGCGGCUGCCAUGGGAGCUGUGUACCAGGCAGCUGCACUGAGCAAAGCCUUCAAGGUGAAGCCAUUUGUAGUCCGAGAUGCAGUGGUCUACCCCAUCCUGGUGGAGUUCACCAGGGAAGUAGAGGAAGAGCCUGGGGUUCGUAGCCUGAAGCACAAUAAACGUGUCCUCUUCUCUCGGAUGGGACCCUACCCUCAACGCAAAGUCAUAACCUUUAACCGCUAUAGCCAUGAUUUCAACUUCCACAUCAACUAUGGUGACCUGGGCUUCCUGGGGCCAGAGGAGCUUCGGGUAUUUGGCUCCCAAAAUCUGACCACAGUGAAGCUAAAAGGUGUGGCUGAGAGCUUCAAGAAGUAUCCUGACUACGAGUCCAAGGGCAUCAAGGCUCACUUCAAUCUGGAUGAGAGUGGUGUACUCAGUCUAGACAGGGUGGAGUCUGUAUUUGAGACACUGGUGGAAGACAACCCAGAAGAAGAAUCGACCCUGACCAAACUUGGCAACACCAUUUCCAGCCUAUUUGGAGGUGGUACCUCACCAGAUGCCAAAGAGAACGGUACUGAUACUGUCCAGGAGGAGGAGAGCCCUGCAGAGGGGAGCAAGGAUGAGCCUGGGGAGCAAGUGGAGCUCAAGGAGGAAGGCGAGGCCCCAGUGGAGGACACCUCUCAGCCCCCACCGCCUGAGCCUAAGGGGGACACAGCCCCUGAGGGAGAAAAGGUUUCAGAAGAAGAAAAUGCGUUCAAGGCAGAGGCCCAGAAGCCAAGUGAGAAGGGGGAGGCAGGGCCUGAGGGCAUCCCUCAAGCCCCAGAGGAAGAAAAGAAGCAGAAGCCUGCCAGGAAGCAGAGAAUGGUAGAGGAGAUCGGAGUGGAGCUGGUUGUUUUGGACCUGCCUGACUUGCCAAAGGAUGAGCUGGCUCAUUCAGUGCAGAAGCUUCAGGACUUGACACUCCGAGACCUGGAGAAGCAGGAACGGGAGAAAGCUGCCAACAGCUUGGAAGCAUUCAUCUUUGAGACCCAGGACAAGCUAUACCAGCCUGAGUACCAGGAAGUGUCCACCGAAGGGCAGCGUGAGGAGAUCUCUGGGAAACUCAGUGCUGCGUCCACCUGGCUGGAGGACGAGGGUUUUGGGUCCACCACAGCGAUGUUGAAGGAGAAGCUGACUGAGCUAAGGAAGCUAUGCCAAGGGCUAUUUUUUCGGGUGGAAGAGCGCAAGAAGUGGCCUGAACGGCUGUCUGCCCUUGAUAAUCUCCUCAACCAUUCCAGCAUGUUCCUCAAGGGGGCCCGACUCAUCCCAGAAAUGGACCAGAUCUUCACUGAGGUAGAGAUGACAACCCUGGAGAAAGUCAUCAAUGAGACCUGGGCCUGGAAGAAUGCAACUGUGGCUGAGCAGGCCAAGCUUCCCGCCACAGAGAAGCCCGUGUUGCUCUCAAAAGACAUAGAAGCCAAGAUGAUGGCCCUGGACCGCGAGGUGCAGUAUCUGCUCAAUAAGGCCAAGUUUGCUAAGCCCCGGCCAAGGCCCAAGGACAAGAAUGGGACUAGGCCAGAGCCUCCUGUCAAUGCCAGUGACCAGGGGGAGAAGGUCAUCCCUCCUGCAGGCCAGACUGAAGAUGCAAAGCCCCUUUCAGAACCUGAGAAAGCAGAGACUCGGUCUGAACCAGUAGACAGUGAGCCUCUGGAGUUAGGAGGUCCUGGAGCAGGAGAAUCUGAACAGAAGGAACAGCCAACAGGACCCACAGGACAGAAGAGGCCUUUGAAGAAUGAUGAACUAUAACCCCCACCUCCCAUUUCCCCAUUUAUCUCCACCCCCUUCUCCCACCACCUCUAUUUAUUAAACAUCAAGUGUGGGGGGAGGGGUUGGUCCUGCCCUGGUAGGGGGAGCUCAAGUUCCUUUUCUCUCACCUGUGAUUGGAGGUGUGGGGAAGGGGAAGGAAGAGACAGCUAACUGGUUCCUUCUGCAGUAGCUCUGUGGUUUAAAAACGGAAAUUGUUCUCUUCCCCGUCCUGCCCCCUGGUUCCCUACCCAUCUAGGCCCUAAAUUUGGGAAAAAUCACUAUUAUGUCUUAAUUCUUUGCCUGUGGGUAGGUGAGAGAAUGGCUGUUAGUGGUUGACAGAGACCUGGUGGUGGGAAGGAUGUUGAAGAAGUUCCCAGUCUUCUCUGGUCGUUCUUCUUCCCUCCUUUCCUCUUCCACCACUAGAGCAACAUCCCAUUCGUGCCAGUGUCUGCGGGGCCUUGGUUACUAGUUUGGUUUCUGAGUGCCUAUCUAUGCUCUUUUCUCCCUCCCUGGUCUUCUCUUUCCCUGAGCACACCCACCCCCAUCUGGCUGCUUUUCCCAUGGGUUUCCUUGACCUCCUGGUGUAAGUUGAACAGUUCUCUGCCUCUUGCCCAAAGCUCUUCAUCUGGACUGACUGAAGUAAGUCUAAAUGUGUUCCUGCCUGUGUGGAUGACCCUAGUGGCCAGAAUAGGUUGGGACAAAGAGAAGGGAAUCUACUGCCUGCCUCUGAGUGCCAUGCGUGAAAGCCCUGGCUCUCCCAUCUGCGGGCUGUUGGGGCAUGGAGAAUAGUUGGUGUGGGAUGCCAGCAACCUGCGGCAUCUGUAUCUGAAUCUGUAUCUUCCCAGCAGCCUGGCAGCCCAGGUACUCGUAACUACCUGCUCCCUUCUCUCUCCUGCUGUCCUGCCCUUCCAGACAGAUCCUUUCUCACCCUCCCUCAACCCGGGCUGACCAAAAUGUGCUUUCUACUGUGAGCCCCUAUCCCAAGACCCUGGGGGAAGACCACAUGGUGUGAAUGUAAAAUUGCCACCUCUUUGAGGCAAGCUGUAUGGGUGAAGGAAGGUCAGGACUGGCCUUCCAUUGCUCUGCUAGGUUUGGAGGGGCCCUCCUCACCAUGCUGAGGUCUAGGAGGCCCGUCCGCCAGUAUUCCGUCUGUAGCAGGAGCUAGGGCUACUGCCCCAGCUUGGGGAAAAGAGCAAACCUAACCUAGUUGUGUCAAUCAUUUUCUCAUUUUUUCCCUCCCCCCUUUUUUUUCUUUUGUUUUGCCACAUUGGCAGAGAUGGGACUUAAGAGUCCUACCCCUUCUCUCCCCUUGUAUGUUUUUGAGUUCUUUCUUUAGCAGUUGAAGCUGGUUGGACAGGUUUGAGUCAAAUUGUACUUUGCUCCAUUGUUAAUUGAGAAACUGUUUCAAUAAAAUAUUCUUUUCUACA